CUAGCCAUACUGGUUCAAAUUUUUAAGGCUUUUCUGAAAGCCGGAGGCAGCGCGCAGGUUGCAUCACCAUCCCGCCCGCCGCCAGCCUAGCGGCCGCAGUCGCGUCUGCUCCACCCCGACCUGUCAGGCGGCGCGACCACAUGUUCCAGCUGCCCGCGGGCGCGGUCCUGCGCGCGGCGGCGGCUUACCAGGGACCGCUGGACUGCCCGAGGCCGCUGGGCGUCCAAGGAAGCCAGCCCAUAGCCCACCCUGGUCGCCUCGGGGGUGCGCCGGGCAUGCAGGCGCCCGCGGAGGCCCCCGCGACGGCAGGCCACCCCAUGAGACCGCCAGGGCAGUUCGCGGGCCCUGCGGUGGCAGCCACUUCACCAGGCAGCCAGGAGGCGGGCGCGGCGGCCGACGCGCCAGCAGCCUGGCCGCACUUCCGCUGGGCGGUGGCUUGCCGCACAGGCGAGGGGCGUGCUGAGCCGGGCAGCAGCGGGACCUCCGAGGGCGCGGAUGAGUUUAGCUUUGACAUGGGCACGGCACGCCAGGAUGGCACUAUCACGAGUUGUUUGAGGGGCUUGGGCCAGGAGGACCCCAACCGCGUGAUCCUCGUUCGGGGGGUCACAUCCCUAGGCUGGACGUGCACGGAGGCGUUGACGCUGCAUUUCUCAGGCUUUGGACCUGUCAUGAAGGUGCUGACUACACAGUCAAUGAAGAAGGUGCGGCCUGGCACAUGUCGGAUCCGACCAGGGGGUAUUGCCUUCGUUGUCAUGGAGGAUGCCAGGAGCGUCCGGCGCAUCUUGCAGGCAGGCCCGCAGCAGACGGUGGCCUCGAAGAGCAUCUCUGUGCAGCCGUACACAGCCCCCCGGCCUGGGUCCGCUGCCGCCUCGUCGGGCGACGGCACCUCGACCUCGGCAGGCUCCGCCAGCUCCGCGAGGAGCUCCAGCGAGGGCCCUACUAUGGCGAUGCCAGCGCCCGCGAAAGUCCCCGCGACCGCCGGCCUUCCCGAAAGACCGCCGCGGCAGUUUGCAUGCCCUGCGGGGGAAGCCAGCUCACCAGGCCGCCAGGAGGCGGCCGCGGCGGCCACCCCGCCAGCACCCCAGCUGGACUGCGGGCUGUGGGUCGCUUGCCGCGCAGGCGAGGGGCGUGCUGAGCGGGGCAGCAGCGGGACCUCCCAGGGCGCGCAUGGGUGUAGCUCUGACAUGGGCGCGGCACGCCAGGAUGGCACUAUCACGAGCUGCUUGAGGAGCUUGGGCCAGGAGGACCCCAACCGCGUGAUCCUCGUUCGGGGGGUCACAUCCCUGAGCUGGACGUGCACGGAGGCGCUGACGCUGCAUUUCUCAGGCUUUGGACCUGUCAUGAAGGUGCUGACUACGCAGUCAAGGAAGAUGGUGCGGCCUGGCACAUGUCGGAUCCGACCAGGGGGUAUUGCCUUCGUUGUCAUGGAGGAUGCCAGGAGCGUCCAGCGCAUCUUGCAGGCAGGCCAGCAGCAGACGGUGGCCUCGAAGAGCAUCUCUGUGCAGCCGUACACAGCCCCCCCGCCUGGGUCCCCUGCCGCCUCGUCAGGCGACGGCACCUCGACCUCGGCAGGUUCCGCCAGCUCCGCGAGGAGCUCCAGCGAGGGCCCUACCACUUGUGAAUCAGCGAAUCGGGCUCGGGUGCGGGAAGCUGCGAGAGGGGAUGAGUCUCGAGAGGUCGGGGAAGCCGCUCGCGAAUUGGCAUUGGCAGGGGCGCGUGUCGGGUGAACCCUGAGGGUGGCAGAGCUGGCGGAUCUCAGGGUGAGGCAUGGAGCAUCUAGAAGCGCUUCGCUUCAGCGUAUACGCGCUGGUCAAUUUUUUGUCGGGCCGUUCAGGGCCGAAUCUGCAGCGUGGGCGGAGCCUUGGGACAGCGUUCUUCACUGGGGCGCUCAAGUACCAGUCCGCCGCUAUACAACGUGUUCGCGUACUUAAUUUAAUUAGGGACUUGGUUCCCGCGGUCCAGCCAAGCAUGUUACGUACAAGUCUGUCAGGGGCCAGCACCAUGCAGCGUUGACUCGUUGGCGUUUCAUACGCCGCUUUCCUACCGCACGUUUAGGCUAUGCCUUCCUUAUUCCUAACCAUCCUGUGGUGUUGGGUCCUCGUUUUGAAGAGACGGCGUCC